UGCCAUGAAAGUGAAACUCAGUUAAACCAGAGUGGUGCUGAGCAAACUAUUACAUUAGGCACUCAUCUAUUAUAGAGGAUAUAUUUCAAAGACAGAGAGAUGUAAUGGAGAAGCAUUUCCUAAGGAAACCGAGAGCCCUUUUCUAUCUCAGGUUUCUUUUUAUUGAAGCUUGAAGCUCAAGUUCAUGGCUUCAUCAAAAAACGCUUCAAAUCCUGAAAUUGAGAUAGCUCUCACCUGGAGCCCCUGUGUUGUUCUAUCCUUUGCCUGGGAACACAGUCACCUGGGAAUCAUUCCAGCAGGUGGCUUCAAAAGUCCAACCUGCUAGGUUGAAAUCUGACACUGACACAGACUCCGGGAGCUGCGGCGGAAAGCUCAACCAGGAACCCGGAAAUGCACAAGCCUCUUGAUGCAUAAAAACAGCUGGGCUCCCUUGGAGACAGAGCGCCAUGGGAAACCGGGUCUGCUGCGGAGGAAGCUGGAGCUGCCCAUCAACUUUCCAGAAGAAAAAGAAAACAGGAAGCCAAGCAAGACGGACACUGAAGCCACAGCCACGACAGCUGCAGCAGAAUGGCCCAAAGGGCCAUGAAACAACAGGACACACGUAUGAGCGGGUGUUACAGCAGCAAGGGUCUCAAGAGAGGAGUCCAGGCCUCAUGUGGGAAGACAGCAACUUACAUUAUGCUGACAUUGAAGUGUGCAGCCGUCCCCAUUCCUGGGAAGUGAAACAAGUGCAUUUAGAAGACGCUACGGAGUAUGCGACCCUUCGCUUCCCCCAGGCCACACCUCGCUAUGACAGCAAGAACGGGACCCUGGUGUGAGCCUUGUGGAGGAAGGCCCGGUCCAUCGUUAACCACUCCUCCUGUGGGGGAGAAUCUACUGCUUUGGGGAAUUGGGUGGCAACCCAGGGAUGUUGCCACGUUUUAAGCUUAAAGAACUCCAAAGCCCCUGGAAUUGUGAGCGUCCCAGUUUCUCCCCUGGCCUCUUACUUGCCACUGUUAGGUUGGAGUUAUAGUUGGUUUAGCUAUGGGUGGAUAGCUAAACUUAGCCAGCCACAUGAGGUCAUGAGGUUAGGUGGCGUGUGCAGGGAGGUAGGUCUUCGACCUCACCAUUGUUGCUCCUGCUCUUGAAAAGUGCAGAAAGAGCAGGUAAAAAGCCUAUAAGCACGUGGGCUGAUCUUGUCGGACUUUAAUUAAUGGUAUCCUUUUUCACACACCUUAAACUCCAAAGCUGAAGGGGAGGUGCUCUGGAAAAGCAUUCUGAGCUUUUACAUUCAGACACCAGGGCUGGCUUGGGCUGAGUCAGGUUCCAGACCUUAACAGACAAAUGGCGGAAGGGGGCUGAGGCGUGGAGGAAGCCCUCUCCAACCAUGGCCUACAGGACCUCAAGACACUGAUAACCGACAGCACAGCGAGGCCCGGAAACUUCCCUGGCGGGGACGGGGGACUGUUGGCUCUCGCAGGUGCGGGGCCGCUAGGAUCAAUAAAUGGCCUGAGAAACAU